GAAACAAACACACAGCCGGCUUCACACCGCAGCACGGAGCUGUGCGUGGACCAGGAGACCAUUCCCGGUCCAAAUUGAGCUUUUUUUAAAAUCCUGAAGUCCGGAUCAGACUCCGCGGUUCUGGUUCUGAGUGCAUCAUGGGAGGGAAGAAGAAGAAGUCAGCGCCGGUCGGAUUAACAGCUGGAGCUCCAGAUGUUGCCGCAAAGCCGCAGCAGAAAACAAACGGCAGCAAAACUAAAGGACCUAAGACCUACGUUCUCUCCAGCAGCAGCUCCUCACAGGGGGACAACAGCGGAGCUCCGGAUAAAUCAGUGCUGAAAGUCGUUAUUCAUCCUGAUCUGGAGAAGAAGAUCAUCAAGCUGAUCAAUGACCACAGACAGGAGCAUGCGGAUAGAGGACCCGUGUCUGGCCGAAUCACGUCUAAGAAGCUGCUGGAUCUCUACACGGCUCUGCAGAAGUUCGGCUUUAAGACGCAGCAUAUCGAGGAGGCCAUGAAGAGCAGCGUGUUGUACGGAGGCGAUCUCCACUCAGCUCUCGACUGGCUGUGUCUUAAUCUCAGAGACGAUGAGCUGCCGGAGGGAUUCAGCCAGAGUUUACGCGAACAGGAGAACAGUAAGAGCCGAGCCAAGUUUCAGGAUCAGCAACAAGAGGAAAGCCAAAAAGUCUCUCAAACCCAGAGCCUCAAACCUGAGGACAAGCAAAGAGCAAAGGUGAAGGAUGAUGGGUCGAGUGUGAAGGAGUGGAUUCUCAGAUACGCAGAACAGGAGAGCAGCGAGGAAGAGGAGGAGUGGAACGGAGACGGCUCUCUCAGCCCUGAGACGGACAAGAAAUUCGAUCCUAAUGAUCGCUAUCUGAUGCUCACGGCUCAGCUGUACGACGCGAGAGAGUUAGCCUCAGACGCUAAAGCCAAGAAGGACAAAGCGGGACAGCGGAGUGCACAGGACCGCAUCCGGGUCAUACAACAAGAGAUGAAGCCGUUGGAGUCUCACCCGCUGUUUAACCCGGCCAUCAAAGUGACAGAGGCUCCUAAAGUGGAGAAAAAACCUUCUGCUGUGGCUGCCGGGAACGAUGAGCUCAACUUCAAUUUGUUCGAGCGGGCCAAUCAAACGCCGGAAGAGAAACCCGAGAAGACGAAGAAGGAGCCGAAGGACAUCCGUGACUUCGAUUACACGGGUCGCAGCUGGACGGGAAAGUCGCCCAAACAGUUCCUGAUCGACUGGUGCAGGAAGAACCUGCCUAAAAGCCCAGCGCCGUCUUUCCAGAAAGUUCCAGCUGGGAGAUACUGGAAGUGCAGGGUGCGUAUUCAGAGGCCGGACGAUGUGUUGGAGGUUUGUCCCACCAUCCUGACGGAGGACAGCAUGCAGGCGCAGCAUUUAGGAGCCACCCUUGCGCUGUAUAACCUGGUGAAAGGGCAGUCUGUCCAUCAGCUCCUCCCUCCUCCAUACCGGGACGUUUGGUUGGAGUGGCGUGAUGGGGAGCAGCAGCAGGAGGAACUCACUCGUUCAGCCAUUAACAAACCACGUGAUCAGUUCAUCUCCCGCCUCCUCGCUCGCAUCAAACAGCAGCAACCGCAGUCAGAGAACUGCCCCACUGACUCAAGCCCCUCCCACUGCACCGAGGACUCAUGGGAAGCUCUGGCUGACAUGGAAGAGGAGGAAAAUGAGGAGAAGGAGAAGGAGGAGGAAGAAAAGUCACGCUCGCUCUUUUUACAGCUCCGGGGCUCAGAGCUAGCACACAGGUUGUUGCCCGAGCGCCAGCGCCUCCCUGUGUUUCAGCACUGUGUGCGAGUACUCGAGGCUCUACAGCGCCACCGCGUGGUGGUCAUUGCCGGAGAGACGGGCAGCGGAAAAAGCACCCAAAUCCCCCAGUUCAUCUUGGAGGAGGUGCUGGGAAAAGAAGAGAAAACAAAGCAGUGUAACGUGGUGGUCACUCAGCCAAGGAGGAUCUCUGCCAUGAGUCUCGCUAGCAGAGUUAACCAGGAGCUGGGGAGCGAGGACCAACCGGGUAGCAAGAAUUCGCUGUGUGGGUAUCAGAUCCGGAUGGAGAACCGCUCCAGUGCUUCUACUCGUCUUCUCUACUGCACUACUGGGGUCCUGCUGAGGAAACUGCAACAGGACCCACUCCUGUCCUCCAUCACACACAUCAUCGUGGAUGAGGUCCACGAGCGCAGCGUGCAGUCGGAUUUCCUCCUCACCAUCCUCAAGAACGUGAUUCACAAGCGUUCCGACCUGCAACUCAUCCUCAUGAGCGCUACAGUGGAUUGCGACAAAUUUGCUCGGUAUUUUAACCGCUGCCCCGUGGUCACUAUCCCCGGCAAGACCUUUCCUGUAGAGGUGUUCCACCUAGAGGACAUCGUGGAGGAGACGGGUUAUGUGUUGGACCAGGACUCUGAAUACAGUCAGAGAUUUGUGGAGGAAGAGGAGGAGAUCAGUGUCUCUGUCACACAGAAAGGAGGAAGAGCUGUGCAGUAUCAGGAGACGAUUGUGCGGGACCCCGGGUCAUGCUGGGAUCUGGGACCGGAGCUGGAUCACUUCAGCAGUCGAACACGUCACGCUCUGCAGCACAUGAACCCCAACAAGAUCAACAUGGAGCUCAUCUUGGACCUUCUCGAUUACCUGGAUAAAUCACCCCAGUUUGCGGCCAUAGAUGGCGCUGUUCUGGUCUUCCUGCCUGGACUGGCUCACAUCCAGCAACUCUACGACCUUCUCACCACAGACAAGAGGUUCAGCUGUAAGAACAGGUAUAAACUGGUAGCUCUGCACUCUACGCUCUCGUCUCAGGACCAGGCUGCAGCGUUUACAGUGCCCCCUGCUGGAGUCAGGAAGAUUGUUCUGUCUACAAACAUCGCUGAGACCGGAGUGACCAUUCCAGAUGUGGCGUUCGUCAUCGACACGGGGAAAACGAAAGAAAAUCGGUAUCAUGAAGGCAGUCAGAUGAGCUCUCUGGUGGAAACGUUUGUGAGUAAAGCGAGCGCAGUCCAGAGGCAGGGCAGAGCAGGACGAGUCCGAAAUGGCUACUGCUUCCGCCUCUACACUAAUACCAGGUUUAACGGUUUCGUCGAUUACUCCAAACCGGAGAUCCUCAGAGUGCCGCUUGAGGAGCUCUGCCUUCACAUCAUGAAGUGUGAAUAUGGCUCACCAGAGGACUUCCUGUCUUGUGCUCUGGAUGCUCCGCCUCAGCAGGCUGUGUGUAACGCUGUGUGCAUGUUGAGAAAGAUCGGUGCGUGUCACCGGGAGAGUUACACACUCACGCCGCUCGGCCUUCACCUCGCCUCGCUGCCCGUCGACGCAAAGAUCGGCAAGAUGCUCAUCUUCGGCGCUAUCCUGGGCUGUCUAGAGCCAGUUGCCACCAUUGCAGCCGCCAUGUCUGAGAAAUCCCCGUUCUCCACUCCCAUGAACAGGAAGGAGGAAGCCAAUUUGGCUAAAGAUGCUUUAGCAACAGCCAACUCUGACCACCUAACCAUCUAUAACGCCUACCAAGGGUGGAAGAAAGCGAGUCGUGAUGGUCUGCGUGCUGAAAUGUCCUACUGCAGGAAACACUUCCUGAACCGAACCGCUCUCAUCACCAUCGAGAGUGUGAAGCAGGAACUAGUCCGGAUGGUGCAGCAGACCGGCCUGAGCAGUGCCUCUCUACCCUCGUUCUCCAAACAGGAAGUGCCGGUUGUAGUAGCCGUGCUGAGCGCAGGUGUAUAUGACAACGUAGGGCGCAUCAUCCCUGUAGCUUCAGUCCUCCCCGAGGAGCGUGUAGCCUGUACGGCGGAGACGCCGCAGGGAAAAGCGCAGGUCCAUCCAUCCUCCGUUAACCGGAACCUCCAGACACACGGCUGGCUGCUCUACCAGGAGAAGGUGAAAUACUCGAAGGUAUACCUGCGUGACACCACCCUCACAUCUCCGUUCCCCAUCCUGCUCUUCGGGGGUGACAUCGACGUCCAGCACAGGGAGAGACUCGUCUCCGUGGACGGAUGGAUCCACUUCCAGGCCCCGGUCCGAAUCGGUGUGAUCUUCAAACACCUGCGUCAGCUCCUCGACUCUCUGUUGGAGAGAAAGCUGGCCAAUCCUAAACUCAGUCUGGAAGAUGAGAAGACCAUACAGAUCAUUCUCGAGUUGAUUAAAUCGGAGAAAAUUCCACGCUGAAGCUGCUUAGGUCCAUGCUGAGGCCUUUAAAAAGAAUAAAGACUACUUAAGAUCAGCCGUAGAAAGAGCAUGGAAGCAUGGAUACUCGAAUCUUUUAAAUCACGACCGAGUGUGUGACGGUGCUAAGCUUCUAGCUGAGUGUUGUCUCUGUAACAUGUGAUUUGAGAGGAAUUUUCUUGUAUAAAUGUUAACAAAUCGAAAUAAAGUAUUUUAACACAG